AUGAUUGCACAGAACCGGCAGCAAGUUAAGCCGUUGAGGUGGUGCAGUGCCUUUCCUGUCACAUUUAAUAGCCCUAUAUCUCAUGUUGGGCUUCAACCUGGAGCAGAUCAAAUAUCUACUCGUAGCACAGACAACCAAGCCAGGAGUGUCAAGGACAAAUUGCCAUUGCCUCCUGUCGAUGAUCCGAUUUCUCCAGCUAGAAUCGCCAGACGAGAAGCUCUAGAUCUUGUUGGUGGCACACAGGUAUCUUCCAUUGAGCCAGCUCGGAUUGCUAGGCGUGGAAGUGAAGACACAGUUUGGGGACGACUUGUAAGAAGAACAGUCGGUCUCUUUGCUAGGAGCUCAGAAAAGGAGGAGCCGGAAAUGCAAAGUGCGAACCAAACUCCAGCUUUUGAUGCCGUGAUCAAGGAUGCUAAAGCCGAAGACGGAGAUAUCAUUUGGACCAAAAGAGACAACAUUCCCAAGAGACUGAUCGUCACGUCCAGAGACGGUGGAGAAGGUCCAAAUAGUCGCUCCUCCCUGGAGAAGAAAAAUCCGCGCACAUGGUUGUCUUUAAAGCCUCGGCAGACUGGUAAUGAAAUAUCCAGCAUCGUCAAGAAAGCAGAGAAUGAUUGGGGGGUGGGAGGUGGUCGUCGAGAACUCGCAGAUCUUGUAGAAAGAAAGGAAUAUGAAUGGACAGUUGGUGGUAACAAAAGAGAUACUCCAACCAAACUACCACAGAGAGAACAUGACUGGGCCGUUGCGGGGAGCAAACGAGACACUUUAACAAUUAUACCAAGAGAGGAGACUGAUUGGCACAUUGGCAAUGGUCAUGGUAACAUCGCAAGAAUGAUCGAAAGGGAAGCGGUUGGUGAGGACAUUUCAAGAAAUGUCAAGGAGGACGUCUUUGUGCACUGGUCACUUCCACCACAUGAUGGAAAGCGGGGAAUUAAUGAGCGAAAUACGAAAAGUAUUGUGGCCGUCCGUACGGAAGAUGGUGGAGGUGGUUAA